AUGCAAGAAUAUGUGGUUGUUGUUGUGACCGCAGUGGUCGGGAUUUUCUUUAUUUGUCUGAUAAUCGCUCUCUGCAUUUGUUUAUUCAAAAAUCGAGCGCCGAUGAAGAGAAAAAAGCCGGAAAGAGCGACGAGUAGAGUUUAUCCCCGGAUCUCUUCUCCGAUCUACGCCAUCUCGCACAACUCGAUUGACAAGAAGAACAGCGGGAGUUUUGGCGGGGAUACGCUAAGGAAAUUGUCGAUGUUUGAACGGAAACGACCGCAAGCUUUCCAGAAAUCUUUCUACGGUUAUGAGGACAGUCCAAGAGUUGCACAUAAGGAAUAUCUCGAUUUUUCCCAAAUCGAAUCAAUCCUCCCAAUGAAACAGACUCGAUCGCAUCAAACUCGACCAACUCUUGAAUAUUAUCAAACAGAGUAUUAUCGAACGGAAAGAAGUCAACAAAAAUCCGAGGAUCAAGGCUCAUUUGACAGUGAAGAGACAGCGAGUACACAUAUGAGUAAAGAGAGUUUAGAGGAACAGCCAAAACCCCAAUUAAUCGGAAUCUCUGUGAUUGAGGAUCGGCCAUUCUCCGGAAAUCGUCGUUCUUUCGACGAAUGGCAAUCGGCUUUAAAUUCGACAGCGCUAAACGCCGGCAUUUCUUCUCCAGAAAACUCGACUUCACCAAAUUUCACAAAUUUUCAACCAGUUCGAGAGAUUUACCGUGAAAAUAAUGUCUCUUUUGAUAAAAAG